AUGCCUACAACAAUGAUAAGAAGUAAAGUCAAGUACAAGAAGAUUUCUAACGAUGAUGGUUACAUUGAUGCUCAGGUUAGUACGUUUUCACUCGUUUGAACCCCGGUCGUUAUCGGAAGAGGAUCAGUUGUAGUUAAUUCCCUCUUCAGAUUAAACCAGAAUUUCCUAUGUCUCCUAUGAAUACUCAUGUCUAGGAAACAAAGGAAAUUGCUACAGCUGUAGGUUCACUACUGGUUGAACCUAAGAAUAAAUUUUUGCCUACAACAUACAGUAUGGUCUAUGGCAUUUAACAUCCGUACCCCUUGUUUGACGAACAAUGAAAUUCUUCAGGAGUAUAUUAUGAAAAUUGAGGAUUUCUUCAGGUGUAGAGUAAAAAAACUAUGGUAGUCUUCAGGGGUAGAUCUUUAAUUUUCGUGAAAUUUUUCAUGGGUAGACCCAUAUUCUUGAGGGACAGACCCAUAUUUUUCAGCAAUAGACCCAUAUUCUUGAGGGGUAGACCCAUGUUCUUCAGUGGGUAGACCCAUGUUUUAUGGAAGUCUUUAGGGGAAAAUACAAUUUUAAUAUAUCUUCAGGGGUAAGAAGAAAAGGCAACUCUGACAAUAUAUCUCAAUGAACUCAAACUCAUGAACCCUGGUCUGCAAAAGCAAUGUGGACACUCAGCUUCUUCCACAAGCAAACACAGAUAAAGUAUGGAAUGUGUCAUUCUUCCCUUUGAUAUUAUGUUAAGAAAAUAAUAUAAAAUACUUUUAAAGCACCAGUAAUUUUUUAUUCCGAAGCUUAAUAUAACUCCUUUCUUUCAGUUUGUCAAACCACCUCCCAAGGUACCAUGGAAGGCUGUACUGUUGGCAAUAUUUUUAUUCUCUGUGGGAACUGUUUUACUUGUGGUUGGAUCUUUACUGUUUACAGGCUAUAUUGAUGUCAAGGUAGGUACACUGUAAAUACCACUGGCAGAUCCAGGGGGAGGGUCCGGGGGGUCUGGAUCCCAUAAAUACACCCUUUAGACUGGAAAUGUUUAUUGAAUUUAAAUGACUGUACUUAAAUCGAAGGGUUGCAUGUACACUGGCUUGUAAUAGGCUGUAAAAAAGUCUGAAGAGUGAGGACAUGCUUGGACCCCUUCAAUUAUAAAAAAUUCCUGGAUCUGCUUGUCUAAAUACCAGGCUGGGCUCAAACAGUACUCAGUGGCCCUUGCAGCCUUUGCCUCAGGGCAACAACGAAAUCUUUGAUUUUGCAUGCAGCUUGUAUGCUAAACACCUUGGAUUUUAUAAGUUUAGAGCUUGUCGCUCCAACUAGUAAAUUUGUAGACGAAAUCCCAUGGUGUUACUAUUUGAAAGAAUCUUCUUUGGCAGAACUUGUUCAUUGUAAUAUUUAUCACUUAUAAUCACCUUAGCUGACCUCAUAAUUUCUUAAGAACAAAAAUUAUUCAGAUAAUAUCUGGAGUGAGGUUUGUGAGGCCUGAUUUGAAUAUAGAUGAAAAAUCUUAAACUUGCCACCAUUUUUAGAGUGGCUAUUUAGGCAUGUAGAUUGUGUUUGUGGUUUAAAAGUGAAUCAGGCUAAUUUUUCUUUGCCUUUCCAAAAGUUACUGUUACUGAGUUUUUCAUCUGACUGUCUUACAUUUUGCAAUACAUUUAUUGAUACUUCAUUUACUCCCAAUUUCUCUCUAAAAGAACUUUUAAAAUUCACAAGCCUUUAUAGUAACUUUAUUUUACUGGUAUUUUCUCGUAUUUACAGUAUGCUGAUCGCACAUACCCAAUGUUGAUCCUUGGUUCUCUAAUGUUCAUCCCAGGAUUUUAUCAUGUCAGAAUAGCAUAUUAUGCCUGGAAGGGUUACAGAGGAUAUUCAUUCGAAGAUAUUCCUGACUUUGAUUGA